AUGUACUCUCUGAUACUCCAUGGAAGAAAAAGGUCUAUUGAGUUACAGAAAUGGGGUAAUUUGAGUGUCUCAGUGAAGCUUUUCUCUGCUUUUUCCUCUGCUAGUGUUGCGGCAGAUGUUAGCCUUCGAGAUGUUCGUAAAGGUCAGAACUUUACAGUCUCUUACCUUGUUGAUUCUCUGGGUUUGACCACAAAGCUCGCAGCAUCAAUCUCGAGGAGAGUCAGUUUCGAGGACAAGAGAAGUCCGGAUUCUGUUUUGAGUCUUUUGAAAAGCCAUGGAUUCACAGAUUCUCAGAUCUCAGACAUCAUUACGGAUUAUCCACAGUUGCUUAUAGAAGAUGCUGAGAAGUCUCUUGCUCCAAAGCUGAAGUCUUUGCAGUCCAGAGGAGGAAGUUCAAGCUCUGAGCUCGCAGAGAUUGUUUCUACAGUUCCAAAGAUCUUGGGAAUCAAAAAGGAAAAAACUUUAAGCGUAUACUAUGAUUUCGUGAAAGAGAUUUUAGAAGCUGAUAAGAGCUCAAAGUUUGAAACUUUAUGUCAUUCUUCUUUGCCACAGGGAAGUCCACAUGAGAAUAAAAUCAGAAAUGUGUUGGUUUUGAGAGAAUUGGGCGUGCCUCAGAGGUUGUUGUUGUCAUCGCUUAUAUCAGAUAGACGAAUUGUGUGUGGCAAAGAAAGGUUUGAAGAAUCCCUCAAGAAGGUUGUUGAGAUGGGUUUUGAUCCAAAAACCUCAAGGUUUGUCGACGCUCUUCAUGCUGUUAACCAAUUGAGUGACAAAACAAUACAAGAAAAGGUCAGUGUCUACGAAAGGUUAGGAUUUGCUGUGGGAGAUGUAUGGGGGAUUUUCAAGAAGUGGCCUUAUCUUCUGAUGUACUCGGAGAAGAAGAUGUUGAGCUCCAUGGAGACAUUUCUAGGACUAGGAUUCAGCAGAGACGAGUUCACGAUGAUGGUCAAGUGCCAUCCUUCGUGCAUUGGAUACUCUGCAGAGACAGUGAAGAAGAAGACUCAGAUUGUGGUGAAGCAGAUGAAUUGGCCGUUAAAGGCUGUUGCUUUGUUUCCUCCGGUGUUUGGAUACAGCUUGGAGAAGAGGAUUGUGCCAAGGUGUAACGUUAUCAAAGCUCUCAUGUCCAAAGGAUUGCUCGGAGAUGGAGGAAGUAAACUCCCUUCGAUGUCGAGGGUGUUUGCGAAUACCGAUCAAGAUUUCUUAAACAAGUACGUUAGCGAUCAUGAUGAUGACAAGGAGCUUGUGGCUGAAUUGAUGGCUAUUUUCACCAGAGAUCGUGUCUCAUAG